AUGGAACAAUUGGUUGCUUCGACUAAUCAAGGAGUAGUUGAUCAAGAAAUACCAGUUUUUAAUCUUCCUCCAAAGAUACUUUGUCGAGUUCUUAGUGUCAUGUUAAAAGCAGAACAUGAAACUGAUGAGGUUUAUGCUCAGAUCACAUUACAACCAGAAGAAGAUCAAAGUGAACCUAAAAGCCUUGAUCGACCUCUAGUGGAACCUGUUAAACAAAUGGUUGAUUCUUUUGUUAAGAUUCUAACCGCUUCUGAUACAAGCACUCAUGGUGGAUUCUCUGUUCUUCGUAAACACGCUACUGAGUGUUUGCCUUCACUUGAUAUGACACAAGUUACACCGACUCAAGAACUAGUAGCUAGAGAUCUCCACGGCUACGAAUGGAGGUUUAAGCAUAUAUUCAGAGGGCAACCGAGGAGGCAUUUACUUACAACGGGUUGGAGUACAUUUGUUACAUCGAAAAGACUUGUAGCUGGAGAUGCAUUUGUGUUCUUGAGGGGUGAAACCGGGGAUUUACGAGUUGGAGUGAGACGUUUAGCUAGGCAGCAGAGCACGAUGCCUGCAUCGGUUAUCUCGAGUCAAAGUAUGCAUUUGGGAGUUCUUGCUACAGCUUCACAUGCUGUUAACACAAAAACUCUAUUUGUUGUUUUCUAUAAACCAAGGAUAAGCCAAUUCAUAAUAGGUGUGAACAAGUAUAUGGCGGCGAUGAAGAAUGGUUAUGCUCCCGGUAUGCGGUUUAGGAUGAGAUUCGAAGGAGAAGAGUCUCCUGAGAGAAUAUUUACGGGUACGAUUGUUGGUACUGGAGAUUUAUCUUCUCAAUGGCCAGAUUCAAAAUGGAGGUCAUUGCAGAUUCAAUGGGACGAGCCAUCUUCGGUUCAGAGACCAAACAAGGUCUCACUGUGGGAGAUCGAGCCUUUCUCAUCCUCCGCGCUAACCUCAACGCCCGCUCAACCACAAUCGAAGUCCAAACGGUCCAGACCCAUUGAUUCAUCAAUUUCAGGAACACUUCAGAAACAAACUUUAGAGAUCACGGGGAGUCCUAUCGGUUCUAAUUUCUUGAACAGCUUCUCGCAGAGCCACGAGUCUAAUCCGUCACUCAAACUAUUGUUUCAAGAUCCAUCAACCGAAAGAAACUCAAGCAAACCAGUGUUUUCAAGCGGAUUACAAUGCAAGAAAACGGAUACUCCAACCGAGACUCCGGUCACAAGUUGUUGUAGGUUAUUCGGAUUCGAUCUCAUGAGCAAGCCUGCUUCUGCACCAGUUCCUCCUGACAAGCAACUAGUAAGUGUGGAUUCAAACAACUCUGGUUCUACAAAGUGUCAAGAUCCUAACUCAUCAAGCUCACCAAAAGAGCAGAAGCAACAAACUUCCACAAGAACCCGAACCAAGGUGCAAAUGCAAGGAACAGCGGUUGGACGAGCGGUUGAUCUAACGUUAUUGAGAUCAUACGAUGAAUUAAUUAAAGAGUUAGAGAAAAUGUUUGAGAUUGAAGGAGAGCUUAGUCCUAAAGACAAAUGGGCUAUUGUGUUUACUGACGAUGAAGGAGAUAUGAUGCUUGUAGGAGACGAUCCAUGGAAGUAA